UGUACUCGGUGGAAACCUCAAAAGAGAACGAACACCUUUCCCAUAAGCCCGUCUCAAGAAAGAAGAUGAAGAGCAACAACAAACCUUACACAGCUAUAUAGUGUCCUUUCACAUGUCCUCCCCCUUCUUUUCAGCUUGUAACACUCUUUAGCUCUACACGCUUUUCUUCUCGGAGUCCUUUCUUGACGUGUGAAGAUGAUGAACGUACCCGAUUCCGCCGAGUCUUUUGUCCCUUCCAUCAUAACCCUAGCUGGGAUGGAAGAAACCACCAUGCAAAGAGAUCAUCAUCAUCAGCUAUGGCCAUUAGAGGCCAGCACCCAACAAAUAAGUAGCAACUCCAUAGCUCCCCUCUCCAACAGCAUCAUCGCUGCUCCCCAUACACCCGAUCUCCAAUUCCAGCCCUAUUCACAGUACCUUCAUGAGUACCCGCAGUUCCAACAAAGCAACUUCCAGUUAUAUUACCCUCCACAGCCUUCGAUCUCUGACUACAAUUUCACCGGCCUUGCAAGGCCUGUGGAGGAUCAUGUCAGUAUAGCUCCGUCCCCCCAGCUAGGGUUAGGGUUGAACCUCGGAUACGGGUCGUACCUUUCAUCGAGGGAUGUGCUCUUCCGGUCGAGAUGGGGUUACCCUUUUGCACACCACCAGCCGCCACGCUGUCAGGCAGACGGGUGCAGGGCCGACCUCUCUCGGGCCAAGCGCUACCAUCGGAGGCACAAGGUGUGCGAGUUCCAUGCAAAAGCCGCCAUGGUCGUCAUAAAUGGUGGUCUGCAGCAGAGAUUCUGCCAGCAAUGCAGCAGAUUUCACUCCUUGGAAGAGUUUGAUGACAACAAGAAGAGCUGCAGAAAGCGGUUAGCUGACCACAACCGCCGUCGGAGGAAGCUGAAGCCAGCAUCAAGUGCAGCAGGCACAGCAUCUCCAGCCGGUGCCACAACACAAAAGAGAAAGCUAGCUAACAAAACGGUCACGAAAAGCACAAACACAAAGGCUUGCAUCGGUAGUGCCUCCACUUCUUUCCCUGUUAACUCAACCACGGAGGGGCAACAACAACAACAACAACUGCAGCAACCAAAUAGAGAGAUUCAACUGAAGAACGGCCCAUCUUUGUCUCUGGGAGGGGUUGAAGAAGUAAACAAGGCAGGAGCCUUUAUUACUGCAUCAGCCUCUCAAGGCCAUUUCAGCAAUCAAGGCUCAUCUCCGUUAUUCCAUGCAACUAAUUACAACAUUUAUUCAGAGGGGAACGUCUCCUCAGUGCAGCAACAGCUGGAAAACCAGUUGCCCUCCUCUCGUGAUCAUCAGGCCCCUUCCCUCAACUGCUACUUAGCCCACCAGAGCGUCUCCUGCUGUAGCUCCAGUGAGGCAUCUCGUCACUCCCAGUCGACUACUGAUCAAGGAGUGCACUCCAAUUUGUCUAGCUACCAGCACCAAAAUAAUAUCCUCCAGUUGAGACAAGCCAUGUUGGAGCUGGAUUUCCUGUGAUCGAUGUGCAUCCGAAUUAAUCUGGUUGUGCUAUCAAGGCCUAAAUUGGGAAUACUUCCGGUAUGGCGGCUAUUUCUGACGCUUUAGAGCUUCAAAAACAUAGCAUAAAAUAUGAAAGAUCACCACCCUCUUCCUAUAUAUUAUCCAACGCAUUGAAAUUGUGGCGAGACCUUGCGUUGAGCAACCACCUGACUAUAUAUAUAUAUAUAUAUAUAUAUAUAUAUAUAUAUAGGAGGAGGAGGAGGAUGAAACUAUAAAGCGUUUUCAUAUUUUGUGGAGCUAUAAAGCGGCGAAGUGGCUGUUAUAACUAGGAAGCAUUACCGAACUAUGCCAAAGUUGAUUCUUUUAGCUAUUUCCCUCUCCUUUUUUCUAGCUGUGUUAUCAUUUUCUCGUGAUAUUAUCAGUCUCCGGUGUGGUAAUAAUAUAUAUGUUUCUAUUUACGUAGAACACUAUGCAUGUAAUAGUUACUAAUGUGGUAAUGGACUUGACAAGUUGAAUGUAGAAUUUCCUUAUUUCCCUUUA